AUGCAUGCACAAUGCAGAAGACUGGCAUUCGGAAUUCAAUUCCAAUUCAAGAGGCCAUUGGCAUUCAGUCAUGGAAAUCAAAAUCGAAUAUCAUCCCAUAUAUUCCGACCACUGCUCAGCACCCUGGCACAGCGUGGCUUUCACCAAAACCACGUCCUCAAAAUCGAGACAAGGAAGAUCUUUUACGCAUUCGACCCAGUGGAUACACCAGAUACCCCAGAUCAAACUAACAACUUCACCUUUCUCCACCCACAAAACAUACCCAAAAACCCCGAGUUCAAACACGCGAAUCUCAUCGAUCCACCAACCAUCGGUGUCCCAUGGUUCUCGUCGAUCAAGUACACCCUUCAAUCAAAGUACUGGAGAGAGGCAGAGUCUGCUUUAAGAGAAUUCACUGCAGAGUAUAUUCUUAAGAAUCGGAAUCCUGUGCAGAAAGAAUAUGUUGAUGCGACGGUUGGCGCGGCCUUGACGUUCGUGGUCAAUGGGAUGCCGAUGGCGAGUUUAAGGAGGUUGCUCAUUUUGACCAAGUUUUAUGGGUUGAUUACGAUGCAUGAUGAUGCAAUGGAGUCGGGAUAUACAGGAGGACAAAGCGAGGCAGCACUUCCAAGAUCUAGUGAUGAAAAGAAAAGUGAUACUGCUUUGAGUAUCCUUACUCAAGAACUUCUCGCCGAAGACCCAAUCCAAGGAAAACGCUUCCUAGAUGGCAUUUUGUCCUGGUCAGCAUUAAAAUCGCAACCAGAAAUGACCUUCAAUAGCUUUGAUGACUACGUCAAGCAUAGAAUGGAGGAUUCCGGCUCUGAUCUCAUCUUACGAAGUGUCGAAUUCGGCUGUAACAUCACCCUAUCCUCGCACGACGAGCACAUCCUCGCCCAAAUCCGCACCGCCUCCGCGAAACAUUUCGCCCUAACCAACGAUCUAUACUCCUACGCAAAAGAGUACAUCGCAGAAAAAGAACGCGGUGAAACCCUCAUCAACGCUGUCCGAGUAUUGCAGAAUCUCCUUGACGUUUCUGCGCCAGCGGCCAAGUCUAUACUACGUCGUAUGAUUCUGGAUAUUGAGGGACAGAUUCACGCGGAUUAUGAACGGUUGCUUGAAGCUGAUGGUGCGACGGAGGAGCAGUUGCGGUGUGCGAGGGGAUUUAUUGCGUUUUUGUCUGGGAAUAUGUUCUUUUCGGCAACUUCUGAGAGAUAUGCGAGGGCUGUUCGUGGGUCGAGGUUGGAUUGA